GAGAGAUUGACUGUCAAACUGAGUGGAUGUGCCUUCCUCGUGCUCCUGAUUUUAUACGCUGUUUUGCCGUGUUUUUUCUGGAAUCUCAACAUUUGCAACAGUGGUGCUGCUGAGUUGUUCGUACUGGCUAGUGCGUGCCUUCGAUUAAUAUAAAGCUGCUUCUGUUUAUUCAACAUUUUUGCCGAGAAAGUGUUUGGCUUCGUUUCUGCUCCUGUCACUCAUCAGAUUGUGCUGAGUCAUCGUUAUGCAGUGCUCAACCUGCAAUGCACCCACCGAUAGUGCUAAUUCGGUGUCCUGUGCCGGUGUUUGUGGUUCCAAGCAUCACACCCAUUGCACGGGGUUGUCCCGUGAUUCUACUCGUGAGCUUGGGCGUAAUAAUCAAUUGUUGUGGUUGUGCAAAACAUGUCACGAGUUUCGCAUUGGCACAAAUUCACUUCUCACAAAUCGGCUAUCAAGAGCGAUUUGCUUCCUGAGAUCCUCGCUCUCGUUGAUAAGCGAGCGCUAACACCCAUAUUAGCUAAGCCGUCUGUUAGCAACGCAUCGCGAUCGCACACAUCCACUAAUGUAUCGUCGCUCAAUGCCACAAAUACAUCCAGAACGACUAAAACAGCUUCCGCUCGCCGUACAUUUACUAACUCAACGGAGCUCACUGAUGAUAUCCAAGCUGCGAACGAUACCAACACUGUGGAUGAUUCUGACAACUGUAACCGCUACAAUCAUCGUACUAAGCCGACUAGUGAUGUUAGUGCUGGAAACUAUCGAACAAAUACACAAGCAUCUUCUGAUCCUGUUUUGAACCAAAACACCACCAACACGGGCAUAGCCGAGAAAGUAUGGUUAUACUUCACGAACAUCAAAUCGCAUGUCUCGGCUGAUGAUAUGCGUGUGUGGCUUAAAGCUGUGCUACCAACGGACGAUAUUAAUGUUUACCGUCUCACGAAAAAGGGUGUGAACCUGGACUCGAUGUCCUUCAUAUCGUUCAAAGUGAGUGUUCCUAAAUCUCUUAAGGAGCUUGCGCUGCACUCUACUAUUUGGCCAGUUUCACUUACUGUUCGGGAGUUUGUUGCUCGUGGCCUACCAAAGCAACGUGUACAUGAAAGGGCUCGAUUUGACCCUUCUGAGCUUAUUUCGCAUCGUACAAAUAGUGAAAAUUGCUCUUCAGCUGUGCCAAAAACUACCGCUCAUCCGGAUCAUUUUUUGGAACAUCGAUCGCCACCCCCACAGCGCGUGAUUCUAUCACCAUCCCAGAUGACCGAGAUCCUAGAGGCUAUUCAACUGGAGUUUCCUCCCACACCGCCUCAGUUAUCACCGGGGGUGGGGCUUCAAUCACAAUCGAAUCUCAGCAACACGAACCGCUCACCACAGAUCAGCCCGUUUGCCAAACGGAUAGCUCACAAGUAAUAGACCCAUUUGUGAUAUAUUACCAAAAUGUUCGAGGCCUUCGCACCAAAUACAAUGAAUUGCGCCUUUCUGCGAAUGAAUCAGGGUUUGAAAUGCUUGCCCUUACUGAAACCUGGUUAAAUGAAUCGAUUCCAUCCAACAUGGUCCUUGAUAGUGAUGCCUACAACAUAUACCGCUGUGAUCGAAGCAGGUUAAACAACGAACGUUCGCGUGGGGGUGGUGUGCUACUUGCAUGUUCCGUUCGAUAUCCU